AUGCGCCUCACAGCAGACUUGAUUCAAAGUUCACUCUCGUACCUCAACCCUCUCAAUGACCGCGAAUUAGACCUUAGAGGCCACAAAAUCCCUGCGAUCGAAAAUCUUGGUGUUGCAAAAGAUCAAUCCGACUCCAUUGACUUCACAGACAAUGACAUUGCCGCUCUCGCCAACCUCCCUCUUUCCCCUCGAUUACGAGUCCUCCUUCUCGCCCGCAACAGAGCCAAUAGCAUACAAGCCGGCCUACAUAACUCGUUGCCGAACCUAGAGACUCUCAUACUCACAGCAAACAGCUUCGCUGAGCUAGCUGACCUAGAUCCACUACGGAAUUUUCAACGGCUAACGCAUUUAAGUCUUUUGGAGAAUCCUGUUACGAGGAAAGAGGUCGAUUACCAAAAAGUGAAGAAUAGUGAACGGGAGACGGCAGCAAAACUAUUUGGUACCGUCAAAGAGCCGUCGGCACUAGCCUCAAAGAUCAUGGGCAUCAAGUCCCGGACUUUCGACCUCCCCUCGUCCGGUGCACCAAACGGUAUCUCGUCUAGCACGAAUAAAGUCUCGAGAGUAAAGUUGACGGAUAAGGAGAGGAAACGAGUGGAGCAACUGAUCAGAAAUGCGAAGAGCUUACAGGAAAUCACGAGAUUGGAGAAGGAAUUGAAUGAAGGCAGAAUCCCCGGAGGAGGCGGAGACGAGAUGGAAGAGUGA